AUGCCAUUUGAUGGUCUGGCAUGCAACAUUUUUAUCCCGUAUAUGAACUCAAAAAUCCCGGAAAAACGGGUCAAAGAAGGUACUCCGGCUGAUAACGUUACCAAUUUGAAUACGCUGUCAUUCGUAUUCCUGGAAACGGGCUUAUCAAUCCAAUUCCAUUUGACGAAUUCAAAACGACUGAAAGCUAUGAGUGAAUUGAAUUCGCUUUGUCCUCCAACAUUUGCGGAAGAGAAGAUAGAGAAUGAAGUAGAAGAGGAGAGUCUUUAA